GGUUAGUGCUGCUGUAACGUGUAAAACCCUAAUCUCUCUCCCCCUCUCAUCGUUUCUCUGCAGUGGCUGGGCUGAACGGAACAACCCUUCUCGACUCUCUCGACUCUCUCGACACUCGAAUUCCCAACCAGCAGCAACCACAAUGGCAGCAUACGACUACGACGACGCAGGCAAUUACGACGAGACAUCGGCGACGCAGCGCCAAACUUCGUCCGGAGCCCCGCCGUCUUCAGACCUCGGAUACGACCCCAACUUCGUCCCCGACUCUGUAAAAGCCUUCGUCGUCCACCUCUACCGCCACAUCCGCGAGAAGAAUGUCUAUGAGAUCCACCAGAUGUACGAGUCCUCGUUCCAGACCAUCUCCGAUCGGCUCUUCAAGGACACCCCCUGGCCCUCCGUCGACGCCGUUGCCCACUACGUCGACAAUGACCACGUCUUCUGCCUCCUCUACCGCGAGAUGUGGUUCCGCCACCUCUACGCCCGCCUGUCCCCGACGCUGAAGCAGCGAAUCGACUCCUGGGACAAUUACUGCAGCCUCUUCCAGGUUGUCCUCCAUGGCGUCGUUAAUAUGCAGCUGCCGAACCAGUGGCUUUGGGACAUGGUCGACGAGUUCGUCUACCAGUUCCAGAGCUUCUGCCAGUACAGAGCUAAGAUGAAGAACAAAACCGAGCAGGAGAUUGCUCUGCUCAGGCAAUUUGAUCAGGCUUGGAAUGUGUACGGUGUCCUUAACUUCUUGCAAGCUCUGGUUGAGAAGUCGAUGAUCAUUCAGAUUCUUGAGCAAGAGAAGGAAGGGCUCGAGCAGUUUACCGCCACUGAUGGGUAUGAUUAUAAUGGUGGCAGUAAUGUGUUGAAGGUGUUGGGGUAUUUCAGCAUGGUGGGUUUGCUUCGAGUUCAUUGUCUUUUGGGCGAUUAUCAUACCGGUCUGAAGUGCUUGCAGCCCAUUGACAUUACCCAACAAGGUGUUUUUACCACUGUUAUUGGAAGCCACAUUGCCACCAUUUAUCAUUAUGGUUUCGCCAAUCUUAUGCUGCGGAGGUAUGUGGAAGCAAUUCGGGAAUUUAAUAAGAUUCUGUUAUACAUCUACAAGACCAAGCAGUUCCAUCAGAAAUCUCCACAGUAUGAGCAGAUUCUGAAGAAGAAUGAGCAGAUGUAUGCACUGUUGGCAAUUGCUCUUUCACUAUGCCCCCAGGUGACGCUUGUUGAGGAAACUGUGAACUCUCAGUUGCGCGAGAAGUAUGGUGAGAAAAUGAACAGAAUGCAGAGAUAUGACGAUGAAGCCUUUGCUAUUUAUGAUGAGCUCUUCUCCUACGCAUGCCCUAAGUUCAUUACCCCUUCCCCUCCAAGUUUUGAGGAGCCCCUUGUUAACUACAACCAGGACGCUUAUAGACUUCAAUUGAAACUGUUCCUUUAUGAAGUGAAGCAGCAACAGUUAUUAUCAGGCGUCAGGACCUUCUUACAAGUCUAUUCAUCCAUCUCCGUAGGAAAGCUCGCAAGCUACAUGGAAGUGGAUGAAUCCAAGUUGAGGACAAUCUUGUUGACAUACAAGCACAAGACACAUGCUGUUGAUACUGAGGGAAAAGUUAUCUCCAAUGCUGACGUGGAUUUCUAUAUUGACGAUGACUUGAUUUCUGUCGUCGAAUCAAAACCAGCAAAACGAUAUGGGGAUUACUUCUUGCGACAAAUCGUUAAGCUUGAAGGGGUGAUCAAUGAUAUGGACAGGGUAAAGCUUGAUUGAGUCAUCCGUCGCUUUCUAAAUUACCUGCCUCAUGUACCUCUCGGCUGCAAUUUUUGCUCAUUUAGAUUCGUGUAAUGACGUUUUGAGAUUUUUUUCACUUGCUAAUUACCUGCCUCAUGUACCUGCUCGGCUGCUCUUUUGAAUUGGCGGAUGUCGUUUAACUCUUAGAAUUAUCGAAAUGUAACUUUCCAAGUAUUUUUUAACCCCUGAAUCCAAGUCAUAAUCGGGUGGAUCGGAUAUUUCUCAAAACACAUGUCACGUGAUGAGAGAGAUAUUUAUAUGUAAGUAUAUAGUUGGGUUUUAGUUAGGUUUGAAUUAUGGCAUGGAUUAUUACUUGUGAUACUUAUUUUAUGAAACUCGUUAAAAGAACUUAUCUUUCGUUCAAA